UGCUAUUAUUACUUGGCCCAAUGAACAACCGCUUGUGUGUUAUUAUUAUUAUUUAAAGGAUCGUUGUUUUUACAGCGUGUAUAGUUCAAAGCCUAUCACACCGCAUUAGUAGUCUUAUUCAAUCAGUUUGCCCAAGUAUGGCCUACCUCUUUCGCGUGAUUCGAUGCCAUUAUUACUUGGCCCAAUGAACAACCGCUUGUGUGUUUAUAGAUAUCUGACCAUUCCUUCAAUGUGAGAAGCAGUGCUAUACUUAUUACAAGUCAGAUAUGUACCAUACUUUUUUAAAAAUUGAUUUAUCACAAAAGGUUUUCAGGUGUCUCGCACCAAGACCACAAACGGGGUCUGUUUGACCUGAACCCCGAGUAAGGGCAUGUCAAAAGGCUACACCCACCCAGCACCUUUCCCCCAGCCACACUUCAAAGUUACAUGAAUACCGUCACUCAAACGUGUUAUCAUAGAAAGAGAAGUGUUUUCCAAAAUUAUAAGCACUUGAAACGCUAUAGAGGAAGUAAAGUUACAUUAUGUGUACGUUAGUUUGCAAUUGAUGCACUUAAUAUGAAGUCAAUUAAAGUCAACGUUCGCACUUAUACAAAUACCAAGUUAUUAUUAGCAGCGACUUCUUUUAUAAGUUCAUAAUACAGUAAACUUGAGUAGGAAUUGGAUAAGAUCAAUAUGUCCUGAAUAGUCGACCGUAUUUAAAUAAUGGAUAAACACAAAACCAAUUGAAUAGGACUACUUGUGUUUCACGCAUAGAGCCAACGACGUGCCUUAACGAAAUAUUGAAAUUGUUUGUGCUGAGAGGUUUGUAAAUAUCAUGAGAAAGAGCAUUGAAUAACCAACGCAAUCUGCAGUUUUACGCGACUAUUUCUAGCUAACACAGGUAAAUUUCUCCAGCGACAAAUGAAUAACGCUAACAAACUUUGUACUAUAAGCUGAUAUGGAUUCAAUGAUUCUGGAAAAAACUUAACUACAUGGCAUUUUAUAUUAUGCGAACCAACUACCACUGAAUUUGAAAACCAAUGCACAGUAGAAUUUAUCGUCCGUUUUUUGGAUUUUUCCCCCCAGAAAUCACUACCUGUACAGCAUUGAAUGCAAUAUCUACACAGAACCUAGCUGCAUUCUCGAUUUAUCUUGACGUUAUAUGAAAGUAGGCCUAUAUGCUAACAGAGGAUAAAGACUGGAAUGAUGUGGGAAAAAGCACUUCUGUGUGUUUUAGUGUUACUUGUCGCGAUGACAGAAGAAGCUGAGUGGACGGAUCGGGAAAUUAAAAUACAAGGGCAGUUAUUAUACUUAAAUUUUACACCUGCUUGGAUGGGCAACAUUGUGUUUUCUGACGAACAGCGAAAGCAGUUAUUUGAGGUUGCGGAAAACUGCAUUGAAUUGUAUUUGACUAUCCCUAAACCGAUUGGUGAUGCUGAAUACUGUCCUUUCACUUUCGACGGCUGGAAAUGUUGGAAUUAUACAAAAUCCGGAACAACAGCUGUACUGAAUUGCCCAUCGUAUGUUCCAUCGUCUAAUAAAGAACGAUUCGCUACUAAAGUGUGUAACGAGGACGGAACAUGGUACGACUUAAAUAACCGUACAUGGACCAACUAUUCGGACUGUAUGGCGCCAUUAGAGGGAAGUAUAGGAUACACAAACGUGUACUACGUUGGAUACACACUGUCUGUACUCUCUUGUUGCAUAGCUCUCUUCAUAUUUUGCUACUUCAAGAGUCUUGCCUGUCCACGCGUCACCAUGCACAAGAAUUUGUUCCUAGCGUUCGUUCUUCACGGCGUUACAUAUAUCAUUUAUAAUGCAACCAUUGCAGGGAAUAGCAACGUAUUAGCUAGAGAUUCUUUUGAUUGUCGGUUAAUGUUGAUGAUGUGGCAAUACUUCCAAAUGUGCAGUUACUUUUGGAUGCUAUGUGAAGGUAUUUAUCUUCACCGGGUUGUUGUGGUAGCAGUGAUGUCCAAUCAAAAUGCAGUAUGGUGGUAUUACGUCAUAGGAUGGGCAUUACCGAUACUGUUUAUUGUUGUCUCGGCGCUAUGCAAAACGUUUCUCUACGAUAAAAUUAGCGCAAGUGACAACAAUGUAUGUUGGACUAAUCCGUCUUCUCUGGACUGGAUCUUAGCAGUUCCAAUAAUUGCUGUCCUAGUUGUCAAUUUCUUGAUGCUCCUCAACAUCCUCAGAGUGCUUGUAUCUAAGCUGCAGCACACUCACAACAGCGCCAACUCUAGCUACAGGAGAGCGGCACGAGCAACGUUGAUAUUAGUACCUCUCCUUGGUCUACAUUACAUCAUUAUGCCGAUGCGUAUUAAAAACGGUGUAUUCUACAGUUACUUCAUGGCGGUGUGUCUAUCAAUCCAAGGUUUCUUCGUCGCCUGUAUCUUCUGUUUCUUCAACGCCGAGGUUAAGGCACAAAUUAUACGGAGGUGGUUUAACUACACCGUGAACCGAAAGUCGAGACGCAGCAAAUACACACGUAACAGUACGCUAACGCACACUUCUAUGACGGAGUACUCAAACACAACGCCACAAAAUACGCGCCGCAGAGACUUGAAUAACUGUGUACUGCAAGAACACAGUCGACCUAAUGGGUCUCUUGAAAACUCACCUCAUCUGAGCAACGGACCUAUGGUUCUAAAAGAUGCCAACAGUAACACGCAAGUUGAGAAACCACCCGAAGUUAAUACGCCACUUAUUGACAGAAACUUGCUAAAUACUGUCGAGCCGGACAAAGAAAACGAGUUUAAAAUUGGCCAUGUUACCCUCUUAGAUAGCGGUUAUUGCGAUGUGCAGAUCGACACAGCUGUAUAAAAUGUUAAGCCCACACGACGUGUUUGUACAUGAACGACGUAUACUUUCAAAUCAAUAAUUAUACUGUACACAGUUUCCAACUUUAUGUGUUGAAGUGGUGCUUCAUCAAGAGGCUGAUGGUAGGCUCAACUACGCGGUGUCAUUGUAGAUAGGAUAUAUUUGAUCUUUUAAAGAUUAAAGUGAUGUUAAUGUAUUAAUAGUUGUAUAAAUGCCAUUUUAAGAAGCCUAAUUCGAUAUACUUUACCUCUAUAUUAAUGUUGAUUUAAACUGUAAAUUUAUUGAAUACUUGUACAGUGGACCAAAUAAUCGAAAGAUUAAAAAAGUUAUAUCUUUAAAAUAGUAUGUACAUACUUAGAGUAUGUCUAAAGACAUUUGCUACGGUAUGUUAUUGAGCUUUAUAUACAUAUAUUUGAUAUUGACAUUGUUUCGUGUGUGUGUUUGUGAUUCUCAAGUCACAGAGUGGACAUUCAAAUUGUGUAUGUACAGUUGUAUCACAAUAGUCGUGUCUACGUAUGUCAACACUUUGUCAGCGUGUACAUAGUAGGUUUUCUACGUUCGAGCGUGGCCAUGAGUGAGGGCGUGAACACGUUAGUUCAUGGUUUGUGUGUGGUGUGCGAGCAGCUUAUCCGAACGUGGACAGAUUGCCACAUUCUGUAGUUGGACAACUUUUGCAUAUUUGCGAGAGUUUGGUUGCAAAUAAAAUCUGUAUUAUGUAAAAAUGUAAACUAUUAAAAAUUAUAUAUAUAUGUAUA